AUGGAGAACAACAGCAAAAACAGCAGAAUUUCAAUAAGCAUAUGCAAGGGUUAUUUGGACUCGGAGCUGAGCAGGGCUGAAGUGCCUCUGAAGUGUCUGCUGUCUGAAGCAAAGCUUACCAUGACGCUGGAGCCGCUGGUGUGGAGGUCUGCCAAAAUAUGCUUUCCCGAUGACAUGCCGGAGUCUGUUAGAAAAAUGUUUGUAGAGGUUUUGCGGGGGAAAAUGCAGGAAAACGUGCAAAGGGUGUGUGCGGAGCUUGCAGGCCUGGCCCAGGCAGAGCUUGCCCGGAUUAGCCAGAAAACAGCCAGUGUAGGCGCGCUGGAGGACGCGUUGAUGGAGGAGAAAAACAAGUUUUUUAAAGUUUUCUCCGAGUACAAGUGCGAGCUGCAGAAAGACUCUGUGAACUGCGCCAAGAUUAGUCUCAAGUACAAAAGCCUGUGCAGCCUCCUGGAAGACAUUAGCGCCAGCGGAGAGCGGCUCGAAAGGGCACAUCAGGCUUGCUGGGACAAAAUCGGCCUGGUGGGGCGCCGCAUGGAGUACACUGAGUCUGAGGAGACAGGCACCUGCGAGAAAAAGGAUGCUUUGUUUUUGCUGAGAGGGGACGGCCUUCUAAACGGAAUAUGCGACUGCGCAAGCAAAAUGUGGGCGGCCAGGCAUGCCUUUGAGAACUGCGAGCUGUGGAAGAGCGGGCUGAAAAGCAGCGUGACUCUGGUAAGCCACAAGCGGGCAGCCCUUUUCCUGCAAAUGCUGUGCGAGAUGCAGACGGAAAAGGUAGCGUCGGCUCUGGACGUGUACAUGCUGGGCUGCUUCCUAAACACCAGGAUGGAGCGCACCCUGGAAGAGCUCCAAAGGCCUGCAAUGGUCAAGUAUGCUGAGCGGCCGGUUGCUGAGCACAUGCUAGAGAAGUGCUUCUUCAUGUUCCCAAGCAUGGCAGCGAUAUCAGCCAAUGCAGAAAAAAGGUCGCACAUCUUCAGCACGCAGUACGCCAUCAUUAACGACAGCCUGCAAGAGGAGUGGGAGGCGUGCAUAAGCACCAUGCAGGCGGUGUUUUUUUACCGGGACGAGCUGAGGCCCUGUCUUGUGUACAGGCCAGAGAAGAGCAUUUUUCCGAAGCCCUGCCCACCGCGAAGGCCUGCGCAGGAUGCAGUGGCGCCAGAAGGCGCGGAAAAGGGCAGAGAGGCCGUGGCCGAAAGCUCUUGCUUUCCUGCUGUGGUCGGAGAGUGGAUGCGCACAGAAAAGGGGUGGGUUUUCAGAACGAAGGCAGGCCCGGAAAAGAGCAGAGAGCCUGCGGCUGAAAGCGGGCAGGACGCACGUAAAAACAAGCUUGAAACGCAAAAGCUUGGCAUUCCCAGGCCUGCAGCCCGCAAAACGAGCACGCCAGAGCCGGAGCAUUCAAGCAGGCCGAUUAUGAUUCUAGGCAUACUCGCAGUCUGCAGCCUUUUUAUGCUAACCCGGUCAACAGACCUCUCAAAAGACAUCUAA